AGGCACGAUCCGGAUCCGGUUAUCCUUGAUUUUCCAGGAUAAAGACACGUGGCAUUUACUCGAGAUAAAUCCAGUCUGGAAUUGUAAACACACACUUAGUUGUGUGUAUCUUCCUGCACUAGAUCUUUACCCCGUACCACCACCACCAUCAUCAUCCCCCGAUCUGCGACCCUUCUCUGUUCUGAGAAACGACGACGAGAAGAAGAAGAAGAAGAAGAAACUUAUACGGCGAAAGAAGAUUUAGCAGACGACUACAACAAUGGUGAAGGUUUUGACCUAUUUUGGCAUGACAUUGGCAGCUUUCGCCUUUUGGCAAUCCAUGGACAAAGUUCAUGUGUGGAUCGCUCUUCAUCAAGACGAGAAGCAAGAAAGAUUGGAGAAGGAAGCGGAGGUAAGGCGGGUUAGAGCAGAGCUGCUGCGGAAAGCUAGAGAGGAGGAUCCUCUUGCCUGAUCUUCUUCUUCUUCUUCGGGAAUCAUAUCAGUUCACUUCUUCCUGCACAUUUUGUCUUUACUGUUAUGGACCGAAAUUGAGUUUGCAUAAAAUGACAUUCCCAUAUAUGCUUCUGAAUGUGGUCGGAUGAUGAUGAUGAAUAAUGGCGUUUUUGUUGCUCUUCUUAACUAAUGAAAUACUACAAGUGGGGACGUAUCAGCAUUUUGUU